AUGUCCAAGUCCGACGAAGAACGUUUGCUCCUCUCGGAACCAGCCUUGACCGCCUUCAUUGUAGCCGAAAUGCGACAUUUUCUGACCAGCAAAUCCAACGAACCUGGCAAGUUAACAAAGUGGGAAAUGUCCGACGAGGAACGGCUGGAUCUGAAACUUGUGGACGACCAAGGAGAAAUCAUUAAUGACGAAUAUGAAAAAGCCAAGGCUGGUCUUACAGAUAUGGAGGCAAUUGAUUUGUUGUGCAAUGCCACACAAUUGACCUUUUAUGACGGAUACACCAAUGAACAAGGGAUCAUGUCGGCACUGGGUUCGGCCAUUUUGUUCUUCAAGGAGCCUCUGAGAGGCUCUCCCAAACUGCUAGCAGCUUGUGAGAUAGUUGGCUUGUCAGACUAUGCAGUGGCGCAUCAUAUUACCGACAUGUAUCACCAUCGGUGUUUUCGAGGGACCUACACCAAAACCUUGGCCCCAAGUGGGGAAGGCGAGAUCGCGGCGAGGCUAGCCGUGGGUUUGAAGGAGACCAAUAGUCAGAACAGCGAGAAGGAAAGAACUUCCAAGAAUAUUAAAGCUACUAGGGGUGCUGACGAGAGAGACGAAGGGGAUGAAUGUCUAAUGUGGUCACCAACGACUCCAGGUGUGUGCUUGCACUGGAAGUCUGACGAAGAAGCAUGGAGAAGAAAACGAUUUGAGAGAGUUCAGAUGGAGGGCACUCGAGAUCCUCGGCGAGGAGGUUCGGGAACAACGAGAUAG